GAAAGGCGCUGUGUGCAGUUCAUCAUGGCGUCGAACAGUAGCAAUAACACGAGCGGCAAAAGCGGUGGCGGAAAGCAGUCCACUCCCUCCGCUGAGCAGGUGGUGGCUACUUUCCAGAGGAUGCGUCAGGAGCAGCGCAGUAUGGCCUCCAAGGCUGCAGAGUUUGAUAUGGAGAUCAAUGAACACAGUCUUGUGAUUGACACACUAAAGGAAGUAGAUCCUUCACGGAAGUGCUUCCGUUUAGUUGGAGGUGUCCUUGUGGAGAGGACUGUCAAAGAAGUUCUGCCUGCGUUAGAAAACAAUAAAGAACAGAUUUUGAAGAUUGUGGAGUCUCUUAACACACAGAUGCAGGCAAAAGGGCGGGAGCUGACAGAAUAUCGUGAACGUUACAAUAUCCGAUUAGUUGGCGAGGACGACAAACAGGGCAAAGCUGAUGCCAGUCAAGCCAAAGAAAGUGAAGGUGGAGGGUCUAAAGGUGGUGCUGGCGUCCUUGUCUCAUAGUGGAUGUUGUCUUAAGUAGCUGGUUAGGAAUUGUGCUUGUCAGCACCUUGAAAAAGUAAAGCAGGCAUGUUACAACUUUGUCUUAGAUGUCAUUAAACAUGGAAAGAGAGUGAAAGUCUUGGCUUAAGUAAAAAACAGAUUUUUUUUAUGCACAUUUUGUAUACUUAAAAUAAUGGAGCAUAACAUGCAACAUUCACAAACAUUACUAGGUUGAACAUAAAUACCAGUUUGUUAGGAAAGUAGUCCUAUCAUUUAUGUGGUUUGAUUAAGUGCAAUGUUGCUGUUUUCAAUCAAGCAUUUUUGUGUCAGUUAUUUGCUUUUCGGUCAGUUUAUUGCUUCUAAAACAGUUAAUAAUGUGUUAAUGUGCCAUGUCUAAUGCAUUUCAUAAAUUCACCUGAAACUCAGAAUUUAAACUUCCCCAACGUUAUUUUCGUUAUUUUUAUGAUUAUAAUUUUUUUGAGGGUUGACUUUCACUUUCUAAUGUUAAAAAGAAAUGGCAUUCUGCUGUUUGUGCAGUUCUUGAAUAAUAUAACCACGAAGACCACUGACUGACUUAUGCCAGGACUGUUGAACACGACCAUACUCAGUCAUUUACGUCACGAUUGUAUGCCUGUGAAUGAAGCCUUUUUAUGUGUUGUGGUUGUUUUGUUUAAUGAAUUAAAAAUACUUUGAGCAAGAUCU